GAAAGUCGAGACGAGAGCUGGACCUCAUACAAAACGACAACAAGUUCCAAGAUGGCGGAAGCUGGAUAAAAACACCGCUCAACAAAAUGGGGAAAACGGAGACAGAGAAAGGAAAAUCGCCCAUCAAAACAAAAAGAGACAAAGCAUUUUUUCAGACCAAGGUGGUGAUACGAAGACUGCCUCCUUCACUUAAAGAAGAAGAGCUGAAAGAGUAUCUCGGAGAUUUGCCUGAGCAUGAUUUCUUUUACUUUGUGGAUGGACAAAUGAGUUUUGGGCCUGUACUUUUUUCUCGUGCUUACAUCAAUUUCAAGAACCAAGAGGACAUUAUCAAGUUCAGAGACCAGUUUGAUGGAUCAUCUUUUUUUGAUAACAAAGGUAAUGAGUACCCAGCUGUUGUCGAGUAUGCACCGUACCAGGGAGUACCCAGGAAGAAGAACAGGAAAGACGCCAAGUGUGGUACCAUAGAUGAAGAUAAGGACUACCAGUCGUUCCUGCAGUCCUUGGAGGAGGAAACUGAGCCCCUACCAAGUGUAGAGUCACACUUAGAAGAGAUUGAGGCUCGCAAGGAAGAUAAUUCCAAAAAGAGCACGCCCCUCCUGGAGUUCCUAAAAAUGAAGAGAAGCAUGAGGGCAACAUCACGACAGAGUCAGGGGCGUGGAGGAUUUGACAAAAGAAAGAGAAUAGAAAAAUCAGAAGAAUCUUCUAAGGGAGUAAAGAAAGGAGGAUCAGGCAAUAAGGACUCAAAGACCCCACCCAGAGAGGAGAAAAAUAAAGAAGUGAAAAGGUCUGAGGGCAGUCAGGAACAGAGGAAAGAUGAGGACAAGAAACUGACCAAGGACUCAAAGAAUACCCAACCAGUAAAAGACAAAUACCAGAAAAAUACACGAGAGAGGGAUGUCAAGGGGCGCCCGGAAUCCGCUCGGUCUGGAGGCAGAGGAGACGAUAGACGCUCGGGAGGUCGUCGUGAACGUCGGGAGAUUGCGAACAGCGACAGUCGUGGUCCUCGCGACAACAAAAAUCGGCGAGACGAGGAGCCAAGAAGAGACAGUCGACCGAACAGUCGUAAGGAGCGAGGACCCUAUCGCGGCGCCGACAAUGCUACGAAAAGCCGAGACGAGUCCGAUAACAAAAACGAAACCAAAGCCGACACCGAAUCUGCCACAGGUUCUGCGCCGAGGACGACCCGAAAAGAACCCGACGCCAAGGAAGAACGGCGCGAGGUCAUUCGGGAUAGAGGAGACGGAAGACAGUCCAGAGUCAGAAAUAAGGAUCGCCCAGACAGGGAAAUUUAUCAGCCAGGACGUGCACGGACUCGACCCACGGAGACAAACGAAAAAGAUGUUAAACCGAGUGGCGAAAAGAGAGACGACGGAGAAUCAAAACGGGACCGUGAUAGAGACAAGAAUCGUGACAAAAAUCGUGACAGAAACCGAGAGCGUGAAAAGAACCGCGAGCGUGACAGACGGGAUCGUGACAGGGACCGUGGAAAAGAGCGUGAGAGAAACCGUGACAAGGAUCGGUAUCGUGGUAAACCACGUGACGUGACGUCAGGCGACGCGAAGCCAAAGCCAGAAGAGACUGGUAAAGCUAAAGUCGAGGGUACAGGUGCUACACGGGAAGAAGAGGCUUAGUGUGAUGUACGGGAGCAAAAAGAUCCUGGAUCUGGAUUGGGUGAUGCUUUGAUUCUAGUUGAAUUUUGAAAUAUCAUUUUGGAUUUUUAUGUUUGCCGCACAAAUUGUUUUUAGAGUCAAGGAAAUUUAAUAUUUGUCUAACCCCCAUAAAGCUCACGUCUCCUAGGCUCCCUGUCUGCCCCAUCAUCUACUUCCGGUUGUGAUCCAUCGUUCAGAAACGUGGCUACUUGUUACCUAUUAUGGUGCGAACGCCAAAGUCUCAGCCUUGUCUCCAUGCGGAAUCAUCAUAACACCUGUGACAUGUUACUGUCACUCUGCUUUGAUUAAUUAAAAGGACAACUAUUUAUCGUUAACCAACCAUGUUACAGCGCAAUGCUACUGUGGCCUUCUUGGCAGUUUUCUUCACCAGCCAGUCAGCAUGGCAAAAAAUGCUUGAGUGCAUCGAAAGACAAUGGAAAGUUUGUGUCAAUAAAAAGUUAAUGCAUGCUAAUUGGCUAACUUUCUUUUAACUUUUUUGCUAGCCUUGGUUGCGUGCAUCACACUAUGAAAUUAUAACGUACGAGUAGAAUCCAGCUUAAUAGUUAAAGAUAGUUAUUGUGCAAUUAGCAGUUGACAUUCACAAGACAAAAGAGAAGAAAUUUAUGUAUUUUUUAAUUUUGCUAGUUGCAUAGUUGCAUGAGUUAUAGCAUUCUAAUAUGGUGUAUCAACUGGUCAAAAUGUAGACAAGCUAAAAUGAACAGAUAUAUAGGUACCUCCUGCCAUGUCUCAUUAAUUGGUAACCCCCCCCCUCCCAAAGAAAUCCUGGAUCCACCCCAAGCCUCUUGUAUGUAAGUAAUCAAACCUGGUAAUCCAUCAAAGAUUUAGUAGUUUACUUAGACUUACAAAAUUCAAAUGUUUCUGACAGAAUGCAUUUGGUGCAUAAUAAUGGUUGUGUUGAGUGUUAUUCUUGUGUUUUAACUAUUGUACAGCUAUCAGUCUUCAACAAGAUGAACUUGAUAGCUUAGAUCAUUAACUAAACGCAUGGUAAUAGUUGUACUAUUAACAUAUACAUAUAUUAGAGUGGUUUUCCAAAUCCUGUGAAAUACUUUUUAGUUUAUUUAGUACUAAUACAAUGUAAUGUCUUUGUUAUCUUUUGUUCUUGCGUGACUAUUGCACUGUAACAAUUACAUUUUGUUUCACUGGAUUUUAAAAACCACUCUACAACUAUCAUAAUUGUUAUACUAGUAUAUAGAUGUAAUAGUAGUGUUUAAUGUUUUUUUCCUAAGACAUCUUGAAAUAACAUAUUUCUAAAAUGUAAAAUAUAAAAAAGAAUACCUAAUAUCUCUUUUAUGAAUUCAAUGUAAAAACUACCACUAUCAAAGUGAUAUUUACUCUAAAUCUUCUAUUAAAUCAUCAGCUGUUUUUAA